AUCCCUUUCUGAUCUCUAGACAAUAGCCUUGCACAAUGCGUUUCAGCUUGAAUUUAGACCGCCAUUCUUCGCUCAAAGGCCACCCAUGCGAGCCUCAAUAAUUCUCAAAACCAGGUAUAUAAGCUGACCUUUUUGACUUGGGACUGCACAAACUCCCGCUCCUCACUACUUCGACAUACGCCCUCUUUUUUACGCAAUGAUGAGCUCCUCAGACCGGUUCAACUAUGAGCCUGCCGACUUCGAGUCCGGAUUUAAUUUUGGUUCCAAGACUUCUAUCACAUCCGCCAUAGAUUCUCUGCCUCCAAACAUCAAUGGCCCGCCUCCCGCCUCCUUCGUAGAUGUUCAGUGCCAUUUCCGAAUUCUCGACCAAGCGGUUCGUACCUUCCAACGGUGGAAAGCGGCCAACGAAAACAUGGGUGCAUUUGGCGACAUAGUCAUCUCCCCCAUGACCCGACAGUACAUCUCCGUUGAUGAUGCCAUCCGCAAGAUCAAUGAUGAAGUACCGCGGGAGUUCCGCAUCGAGAAACCACCUGUAAUAUCGCAUGUAACGAACGGGCCCGCGCGGGUGACGAAGGCGGAUUGGAAGCUCCUGAAGAAUGGAGACGUAGACGCGCUCGUCAAGAGGUGGAGCAGCGAAGAGCUGCAAGUCAGAGAACCGGCCCGGAGAGAUGAUGUUCGCUGCAAUUGAUGUAGCGAUCGCUCACCUGCGAAUAUCCAUGAUAGCUUUAAGUGGCGUGGAAACUCAGUUCCAAUGAACACUUC